AUAAAAGUGUAUCAGUCGCUCUAGCUCUCACUGGGUUGCUGAUGUUGAUUUGAUCCAUGGUCAUGUAAGGGAGUUCUGCCAUUCAGUAAAAAUUUCAACGGCAAGCAAACGAGAAUCUGCAAAGUCUUUGAGUAGCAAGUGAAACUAUUUUCUUGGAGGUCGCUUGCCAAGGAUUUCGUCGCUCCCUCGGCCAGCGUUGGGUAAAUAAUCUUAAACGAUUGUGGAUCCUUCAAGUUGGUUUGAAGUUUGCUUCAAAGAAGAAGAAGGUGAAAGUGAAAGCUCUCAGUGACGUAUCGUGAUAUCGUAGCUUUAUAGCUCUGCAAGAGUUAAAAACCACCGGCAGUAUCUCUGGGGAGAAAUAUAGGACAUUCUUUUGAAGAUUUUUAAUGUACCAUGGGAAGAAUUAGAGAAAACACAGAUGCUGUGCUCAAAGACGGCUACCUCCUGAAGCAAGGAGAUGUCAUCAAAGUCCAAUGGCACUUGCGAUAUUUUGUGUUGACAAAAGAGUGCCUAUGCUACUAUAAGAGUGAAGAAGACUCGGAUGAAGAUGUUCCUAAGGGAGUGAUCUUCUUCAACGACAUGUCGCUCUUCGUGGAAGACAUCUCUUCCGAGAAACAAUCCAAGAAAAAAUUUUGCUUGCGCAUCGUCAAAAGGUCCACAAACAGCUCCAACAGAACUCUAGUCAUUUCAACGUUUUCCGAGGAAGAAAGAAAUGACUGGCUAGCCCACAUUUUGUUGGCAAAAGCAAUGUCUCUUGUCUGUGACCAAUCGUGGAUUGGAGGGAAUGACCCGGAGAAGAUAGAACAGAAAUCCCCUACUGCGAGCAUCAGUAGCUACAGCGACAAGUUUGCAAGUGCCAAGGAAGUCCUUCACAGAUGCAAGAGAAGACUCUCUGGCUCGAAUCGAGGUGGCUGUAAUUUGGAAGAACUCAAUCGAAGGUCUAAAAACCUCAACCCAACCUGGAGGCACACGUUGAUUGACCUUUCGAUCGUGACAUGAAAGAAUUGAUGGAGGAUGCUUUCUUGCUCGGUUUCUUGAGUGUCACUCUGGCAUUAGAGCAACUAGCACCUAGCGUGUAAAACAAUAAUGGGUAUUACCCUAUAACUAGGUUAAUAACAUGGAAAUUCCCUUGCUAUAACAAUUAGCUAAAGACAGUGAAAGAACUGUGCAGCCCUAUAGUCACUCAAUGCACGUGCCCUAUUGAUUCCACUUGGAAAGCUGUGACCACGAAAUAUUGACCUGAAAUCACAAACUGUAGAUAUAUGAAUGAUUAUAUUAUGGUGAGAAAGAGGAAUUUAUUUAAAUUAUAGAACUGUAUGUAAAUAUUCUUUGCAGAACACUUGAUUAGUGUAUGUUAUUGCGAGAUUCAAGAGAUGUUUUGGUUUGAAACGCAACCCUAAAGAGGCAGGUUUGCCGUCAAUUGAUGAAGAAGAAGUGCUACAAUGUUCUCACAGAAUCUUCGGUUAUAAACUUUUGUAUUUAAUGUUUAACCCACCAAAUAGCUAAUUUAUUUAACAAGAAAUUUCCCCAAAGAAAUAUUCUCAAAGAGAAGCAAGGUCUAGGAAUGACAUAAAAAGAGUUUAUAUCUAGCUCGGGGAAUUUCCCAGCAUACUUCGUGUCAACCACUGGGGCUUUGCCAAGAAAACGUGAACAGAAUACUAAUGUAAGUUGGUAAAAAUUCUCAUUAUAGUUCCAAUCGGAUAAGAACAUCCAUGUUAAGAAGAUUCAUAUUGUUGUAUACGCCAUUAAGAUUAAAUACACUUGAGUUUGGUUUUAUAAAGAGCGGAAAUCGCCAAAAAAUCACCAAGAUAAUCUCGGGGAUCGAUAUUUUCUUAUUUUUAGUCAGUUAGUCUUAAAGUAGUUAUUGUUAGGAUAUUUUGAAGUGUAAAUAUGUUAAGUUGGACCAAAAAUAAAUAUUGAAAAUGGAACAAAAA